UUAGUGACUUUUCAUGUUUGUGAGAUCAUUGAACGCGUCAACCGGCGCCAUAUUAGCAUUGUUUGUGUUUACGGUUUAAUUCACCGCAUUUCAACAAGAAUUUUCCUUUUUAUUUUUCAUGUAAGAGGCUAAAGUUUAUUCAAAAAUAACCGUUUAUUAAUCACAAUGAGUCAAAAGACUGGAAAACGUUCAAGAAAAACUACAGAUUCCCCUGUUGUGGUAAUUGAGAACAAAAAAGAGACUGAAGAUAAAGCAGAGAUUAAGACAAAAAAUGAUUUGACCAAAAAAGACUCAAAUAUAAGUACAAAAACGAUUAAUAACGUAGAAGAGACCAAAGAAAUUAAAGAUAAACCACAAAAAGAUAAUAUACAAAAACCAAAAGAAAAAGAAUCUGAGAAAAAAGACACAUCUCAAACCAGCGAAACAAGUAUUAAUAUUAUUGAAAAUGAAAGCUCAACAAAAAGUGAUGAAAUUUCGAAGAAAUCUUUUGAACAAGAGUCUCUUGAUGGAGAAAUUUUAGAACCUCUUAUUCUUGAAGAAGCAAACGGAGUACAAAUUUUGAGUCAAUCUGAGGAAAUAAUACAAAAUGGUGAAGGAGAUGAAAAGAAAAAAGAUGACCAAAAAAAGAAAGAAGAUACUAAAGAAGUUAAUAAAGAAGAAAAAAAAAUUAACGGUGAAGAAUCUCACGAAAGUUUAAAAAACGAUGAUAAAAUCAUUGAAACUUCAGCCGUUGACGGCAAAAAAUCCUAUAAUUUAGAAGAAAUUGAUUUAAAUAAUAAAAAUGAAACGACUUUGGAAACAUUUAAUGAUUUAAGUACUCAAGCUGUUGUUGGAAGUGAUGUAACUCGAUUCACGGAAGAUUUUGAGUACAGUAAAUUUUUGUCAGCCUCGAAAGAUCAUUCGUUAACAGAAUCUUUACGUCAUUUAUCAGCCAGACGAUCAAUAAGACGAAGUUAUUAUCCGGGAGUUGUAAAUUUCGAGCAAGCGGACGCAAGUCGUAAACGAAAAUAUUUUGGUGGUGACUCAUUGGAGGAGUCUAAGCGAGCUAAAAAAGAUUCAAAUUCAUCAGGAAUUAUGUCUUAUUUUGCUUAUCCGUUUGCCAAAAAACCCGAGGCUUCAAGUACGCCUAAAUUAACGGGUUAUAAAAAUAAUGUUUUCGAUAAUAACGAUGUUAAUAAGAUUGGUAAUUUAAAUACAAGCAAUGAAAAAACACCGAGUAAUAAGUGGUGUUCUGUUAUGUAAGAAUUUGUUGUUAAAAACAUUUUUAAAAAAGGAACACGUUAAUUUCAUAGGAUCUUUUUUAUUGUUUUGACAAGUUUAUUAUUAAUUACCUAUUCAUGCUCUUUAUAUUUAUACUCUAUAACUUUGUCCUCAUUUUUUUUGAAGAGUAUUAAUUAAGUUAGUUUUAAAAACGAUUCUUUUAUUUCUUUUUCUAGGUUUACCUUGUAUAUUGUAACCUGUAGAUAAAUAUUUUUAUAAACAAAUUGAACGUAUUGAGAUCAAAAAAGAAAUUGUUGUAAAGUAUUAUUCUUGAUUUAUAGAAACCAUUAUGUAGUAAUCACUUUUUCAAUAAAAUUAAAACAAAAUUAAACAUUAA